CACUUAAAGCUGCAAAAAGAUGACCAACCUCUUGAGAAGUGUUGUCACUGUCACUGAUGUUUUCUACAAAUACACCAAGAAGGAUGGGGAGUGUGGCACACUGAGCAAGGAUGAACUAAAGGAACUCCUGGAGAAAGAGUUUUGUCCAGUUCUGAAGAACCCAGAUGAUCCAGACACAGGUGUCAUCAUGCAUAUGCUAGAUCGAAAUCAUGACCAAAGAGUGGGCUUUACUGAGUUUCUUCUGAUGGUAUUCAAGCUGGCUAUGGCUUGCAACAAGGUUCUCAGCAAAGAAUACUGCAAAGCUUCAGGGUCAAAGAAGCACAGACAUGGUCGCCGACACCAAGAGGAAGAAAAUGAAGCAGAAGAGGAAGAAGAGGAUACAUCCGGACAAAAAUCAGUUUACAGAUAUUCAAGUUGCAGUGAGGGAGAGGAGCAUGGUUAUGGUUCUGAGAGCUCGAGGGGAACUGUGAAACAUAGAUGUGGGUCCAGCUCUAGGAGGCUGGGAAGGCAGUGUGGUUUAUCUAGCUCAGAGAGACAAAAGGGAUCUGAAAAAAGGCUCCUUGGGUCCAGCUCUGGUAACUUAUAGAGUAGUGGCAAAGAAAGACAUGGUUCCAGCUCUGGAGAGCUGGAGGAAAAAAGAAACAAGUCACAUGUUAGGCCCUCUAGGGAAUCUGGGGAGGAAUAUGAACCUGAAUCUGGAUCAAAGAGUGGGGGAAGGAAAGGUCAUGGUGGUCUGUCACGUGGAUUAGAUGAUAGUGAACAUGAAUCAAACUUUACUUAGUCAAGGAGUGCAGGACAAAAACUUGGGUCUAGUUCUAAAAGUUCAGGAAAUGGUUGAAGGGAAAGCCACGCAUGUGGUUCCAGCAGUUCAGGUGGGUGUGGAAGGCUACAAAAUGCUUCUAGUUCUUGUCAGGCAGGUAGAUUUGGAGGGCAAGGAAACUAAUCUAGCUAUACCCAAUCAGGUUAUCAAUCAGGAAGUAGUGGAAAAGAAGGUCACAGAUAUAUCUCAGUAAGUCAGUCCUCUGGAUAUGGUCAACAUGAGCCUAGCUCCUGUAGCCAGUCUUCUAGUCAGAGAGGAUAUGGAUCUAGAGCAUGUGGUCAGCCACAGAACUGUGGAGGACAACAGGGAACAAGUUCAAGUCAGUCCUCUUGUUGUGGACAAUAUGAGUCUGGAGUACGUCAGUCUUCUAUUUAUGCUCAACAUGGAUCUGGUUCCCGUGGAUACUCUUCAAAUUCUCACCAAAAAGGGCCUGGUUCAAAUGAAUUUUCUAAAUGUGGUCAACAUAGAUCCAGCUCAGGUCAGUCUCCUGGCUUUGGACAACAUGGAUCUGGCUCAGGUAAAUCCUCUGGCUUUGGACAAUACGGGUCAGGCUCAGGUCAGUCCUCUAGCUUUGGACACCAUGCGUCUAGAUCAGGGCAAUCUGGCUAUGGCCAACAAGGGUCUAGCUCAAGUCAAUCAUCUGGCUUUAGCCAACAUGGGUCAAGUUCAAGUCGGUCUUCUGGCUUUGGACAACAUGGGUCUAGCCCAGGUCAAUCCUCUGGCUAUGACAAAAAUAAAUCUAGGAUAAAUAGACAAGGAAGCAAUGGGCCUAGUUCAAGCAAAAAGUGUCCAAUAUGUAGAAAACCAACAUCAAAUUCACCCCACAGUCAAACAAGAGGAAGCAGUCAGGAAAGAACUACUCAGAGUGAUAAUGAAAGAAACAGGGGUCACAGUAUACCAGGAAGUCACACUGAUGAUAAUGACAGCAUUCAUGGACAUAGCCAGAAAAGGCCAGGAUCAGGUCAGGAAAGGAGACCGUCCAGAAGGCAGGAAACAACACAUAGCCAGUCAAAUGACAGUGAAGACAAGUCAGAUAACUGGGAAAGAUAUUCAGCAUUUACCCAUGGACAUUCUGGAAACGACCAUAGAGAAUCGAGAUCUAACACAAGUAGAAAUAAAAAUACAACCCAUGGACAAUCAGGAGACAGAAGUAGACACUCUGGUAUAGGUCAUGGAGAUACAGCAAUGACCCAUGAACAAUCAGAAUCUAGCACAAGAAGACAAGAAUCUACUCAUGGUGAGUCAAGGGAUACCAUGACACAUAACGAGACUAGUCGUGAAUAUUCUGCAUAA